AUGGAUAAUCUUUAUGCUUAAGAAAUAAGAUAGCGAUAUCAUUCAUCUAUGACUUACUAAGAAUACUUGGAUACUUAUGAUAAACCUCCUCCUAAACCUUAAAUUAGGUAUUCUGCUAAACCAUUAUUAAUUUAAGACCCAAAGAAACUCCUUAAUUACUCGAACCAUUAAUUUUAGAAGGACAUAAAGGUCCUAAAAUUUAAUAAUAGAAAUUGACUGUUUAUUCUCCUGACGAUGUAAUUUUUGAGGAAUCUGAGAAUGAUGAGAAACCCAAAGUUCUAAAUCACAUAUCAUGUUAAAGAGCAUUAAAAGAACAUGUAUAAAAAUAAUAAACUUAAGAAUGUUAGAAUAAGAAGCUAGAGCGAGAAUUUAGGAUUUUCAGUAUUUCGAUUUUUGCAAUAAAAGAAAAAUAAAUUCCCAUGA